CGGAAGUCAGAACUUAGCCACUGUUGUAGUUAAAUUUCCUUUUUCGCGGGUGAUUUGCGUGUUUGCCUGUAUGUAAUUAACCUUUACCCUGUUAUCUUCGUAACAGAAUUACUAUAACACAGAGACAAGACUAUGUUGCUCUCAUUAAUAAGGUAGCUCGUCAGCAAAGUUCCUCAGAGCAGAAGCAGGUGACGUUAGCACGCUAGGCUAACGUAACGUUAGCUUAACUUUAGGUUGGGUUCGUGGUGUCUAUGGUCUCGGAGGAUCAAAGUUACCCAUCGUAAUGUCUCUGAGCGCCGUUCACGGAACACUGUCAAGCCUGAAGUCAUGUCAGGCAGACAUCAGGAUAGGGAUGGACAUAGUGACAGUUGUGGCGAUGGACCUGGCGGGAGCUCAAGAUGGAGAGGUGAACCCUGGCAUCAAAGAGAUGGAGGCCAUGAUUCUGGAGUGUGCCAAGCUGGACAGGGAGAUUAACUACUUUGUUGAUGUUGUGCAACAAGUCACAGCUGAGGUUGCCACAGAGCAGCCAGAGGCCAUGUUCAGCCUGUCUGCCAAAGUGAAGGAGCAGUUCACAGAGAGAACAGCCAGACUCUCUGAUGCUGAUCUGCACCGUCACGAGAAAGUAGUGGCCUUCAAGGACAGCAUCAAGAACACUCUCAACCAAGCCAACCAAGAGUCAGCAAAGAACAUGGAGGAGCUCGAUGAGGACAUCGCUGUUACACAGACCCAAGUCAACUUCACAUGCCCACUCACACAGGUGGAAAUGGUUAACCCCGUGAAGAAUAACAAGUGUAACCACCACUAUGAUGAAGGAGCAAUCCUGGGCCUGAUAAAAACAAAACAUAGCCAGAAAAAGAAAUGCCGCUGUCCUGUGGUGGGCUGUGGGAACACUGAUGUUAGAGAGUCAGACCUCAUUCCUGACCAGAUGCUGAGGAGAAAGAUCCAGAGCCAAAAGAGACACAGCAAUUGAACAUAGUGCUCUGCAUUUUUACUGGCAGGAUCAUUUAUCAUAAAACCCAUUCCUUGGUAAUUAAUUGUAUAUUAAGAAAAGGAGCAUUUUUUGUUGA